UUGACUUUUCUUUUUUUAAUCACAAAUAAAUGGUAGUAGGUUGGCUGUUUAUAUCCUCAAAAGCCUUUGACUUACAAAAGUCAAAUGUGUUGAUUUAGUAUAACCCUCUCUUCUCAUCAUGAUGUACACAUUAAACUUCUAUUUCCAUCUUUAGAAACCAACAUCAAAUGGAACAUCUCAACAUCUUCUUCAUUCUACUUCUUCUUCCCACACUUUCAGCAUCACAAUACAACUGCCCAUUUGCCUUUUGUGGCUCAGCAGCAUUCAUCAUUCGGUUUCCUUUCCGUAUGGUCGGUCAACAACCCGCCGUUUGUGGCUACCCAGGGUUCGACCUACGGUGCAACCGACAAGGAACAAUGCUACUAAACAUCCCAAAAUCCGGAGACUUUUUGGUUCGAACCAUUGACUAUCGAUCUCAAGUCAUCCAAGUUUACGAUCCAUCAGGCUGUUCUGCUAGUCGGCUUUUGAACCUAGACCUCUCCGGUUCACCAUUUUCAGUUUCCGCCACUAGAAACUACACUCUUUUGAGCUGCCCGGUUGAGGUCACCACGGCUCGUUUCCCAACAGUUGAUUGUCUUGGCAAUUCUACGUAUUCUACUCUAGCUACUAUGUCGGUUAGUUUUGCUACGGCUAUAGCUAACCGGACGGGGUGUCGGGUUAUCGGUCCAUUACAAUAUCCGACAUCGAGGUAUCAAGAUCAAGAAGGGCUUGCAUCUGACCUAAAUCUGGAUAUAUCUUUGACAUGGGAUAACCCUAAUUGUCAAGACUGUGCAGCAGAUGGUGGAACUUGUGGUUACACUAAUACCAGUAUGCAAGAAAUUGCAUGUUUCAAUGACAAAGAAAAAGGCAAUAAUAAAGCUACGAUAGCCAUGGUAAUUGUAUCGGUGGGCAUGGCUCUACCAGCCGUAGCAGCCUCUAUUGCCAUUGCGUGUUAUAUCUGCAGGAAGGAUAGGAGAGUAUCCACCUGGAUGGCAAGAAACACAACACCCGAUACCACCACAAUGCCGCCAGAGACUGUCGCCACCUUAUGGCGGGGUAGUUUGACCAUAGGUCUGGACCCAUCGACCAUAGAGUCGUACACAAAAGUUGUUCUAGGGGAAAGCAAGCGCCUCCCAGGGCACGAUGAUGCAUCCUGUGCCAUAUGCCUAUCAGAAUAUAAUGUUAAAGAGACUGUCAGAUGCAUACCUGAGUGUAGACAUUGCUUCCAUGCAGAAUGUAUCGAUGAGUGGCUAAAGUUGAAAGGGACUUGCCCGGUUUGCAGGAAUUCACCUUCUCCAGCUCAUGUCACCUUAUAACAUGUUCCAUUUUCAGGUCAAACGGUUAAAUGACCUUCAUGCCCUUUGAACAGUUAUGAGGAUGUCAUUUCCAUACACGAGAACGCCUAAAAACCUGUCAGAAGGGCAUAGAUUUAAAAGCAAUUGCCAGGGGGUCAUUUAGCUGAAUAACCCUUCGAUUAUAAUUGUUUUGUUCGGUACUUGAUGUCAGUCCCAUUCUUCUGUACUUUUGGAGAUUGCAGGUAAUAAUGACGUGUCCUAUCUAGCAAAUCAGUCAGUUUGACAUCAAAUUCCAAUGUUAAAUCCAAUCGUUUACCAACACAAAUUCCGUUAGUGCAGUCUGGGUAAGAGGUUCGGUCUGGGCAAGCACUAACUAAAUAUGGUUGUUUACCAAACACCUAGGUAAGCAAUGACUAAAAACCGACUAAGUUAGACAGCAAGCCCUUCCUUACUCAGUCAGCAUAUUUGUGGGUAAAAGCGAGUUGGUAAACAAUAUCUGUUCUUACUGGGUAACCACCUCUUACCCAGUAGAAGGUCAGUUAGUAAGCAGCCUCUAAACCCUAUCCAACAUGGGUUGCAGAUUCUUCAUGCCAAGAGACAGAUAGUUGAUACAUAAGUUAGAAUGAACCUGCGUCACGUGGCAAAUGAUGGGAAAAUGUGGCUUAACAAAUAAGCUAUUCGUUCUACAAUGUAGUAAUAUACUCGAUAAAAUUUUAAGUGCUUAGACUUCCCUU